AUGGCUGAGCAGGGCGAAGACGGCCAAUAUGUGGUCGUUGCAUCAGCCAAGCCAGUGGGCGGUCUCAGUCCGGCAUACGAGGAUGAGGCAGAAGAACUACCAGAAGAGCCGCUAGUCGAAGAAGACGAGGAUGAUUUGGACGAAGGGGAUGAAGAAGAUGCUCCUGAGAACGAGGCUGACGCGGAAGGUGAUGAGCCUGGCAAGCCGCAGACUUCCAACGGCGGAAAGAGGAGUAUUCGCUGGCUCAAGGGUGCUCUCAUCGGUGCCGGUUCUUUCGGCUCUGUGUAUCUAGGCAUGGAUUCUAGCACGGGAACUCUUAUGGCUGUCAAGCAAGUUGAGUUGCCCACCGGCUCAUCGAGCAAUGAAGAACGGAAGAAAAACAUGCUCAGUGCUCUGGAGCGGGAGAUCGAGCUGCUGAAGACGCUGCAGCAUGAAAAUAUCGUGCAAUAUAUUGACUCCUCAUCUGAUGAGAAAUUCCUCAACAUUUUCCUUGAAUAUGUCCCUGGUGGCUCGGUUGCUGCCCUGCUCACAAGCUAUGGCGCAUUUGAAGAGCCGCUUGUUGGUAACUUCGUUGGUCAGAUCCUGACUGGACUGAAUUACCUUCAUGAGCGCGAUAUAAUCCAUCGUGAUAUCAAGGGCGCUAAUAUUCUCGUCGAUAACAAGGGAGGUGUCAAGAUUUCCGACUUUGGUAUCUCUAAGAAAGUACAAGGCGACUUUGGUGGAGGUCGCGCAGCGCAUCGACCGUCUUUGCAAGGCUCCGUUUUCUGGAUGGCUCCAGAAGUUGCAAUGCAGAAAGCGGGUGCAUACACGCGCAAGGCAGACAUUUGGAGUAUUGGCUGCCUUGUACUGGAGAUGCUCACUGGUCAACGUCCUUGGGCAGAGCUCGAUCAGAUGCAGGCAAUGUGGAAAAUCGGGAGCAAAGUCAAGCCGAAGUUCCCCUCCGAUAUCUCCGCCAAUGCGCUAGAUUUCUUAAACAAGACGCUUGAUCCUGACCCGGACAAGCGGCCGUCUGCCGAGGAGUUGCUCCAACACCCCUUCAUACUUGCAUCCAAAUGAUCUUGGUUGCGUAUGUUCCCAAUCCGUUUCUUCUUCGUUCUGUCUGCGGAUGGUAAUACUUAAUUUGUAGACGUUAUGCUUUUCAUUUCCCCUGGCAGGCCAGGUCUUCACUCUUGUUCCCAUUACGUAUAUCCUCAUCAUGUCAUUCCACGCCUCGUCAC